GGCAAGCACGACCCUCGGUGACAUCGCACCCCCAGGCGCUCCAGCGGUCGGACGCGCGGCUGCGGCCACCGGCCCCUGGACACUGCAGACAGAGAGAAAGGGGUGCUCGCUGGCUUCGACCUCCCUGGUGUCUGAGCAUAGGGAAAGCACGAUUCCUUCAUGAUGCCGGUGUCAAAGAAGCACAGGAGAAAAAGCUCUGAAACUCCCUCGGAAGCUUCAGAGAAGGUCAAGGAGCAGCUGGCUGAUGCCGAGCUUCGGAAGCUGAAGCAGCAGUUCAGGAAGAUGGUGGAAAGUCGCAAGUCCUUCAACUUCCGCUCCCAGCAGAAGAUCUUGAACCAGCACAAGGAAAUUGAGACCCUGCAAGGAGAGCAGGAGGAGAUCACGCUGCUUCUGAGUCUCAUCAAGUCCUCGAAGAACUUGGAACUGAAUGAGAAAAACUACAUGGAGCUGUGUUUCCUGCUGCAAACCAAGGAGGACUAUGAGGCCCUGAUUAAGUCACUGAAGGUGCUGCUGGCAGAACUGGAUGAGAAGAUUGUUCAGAUGGAAAAAAAAAUUAUAAACCAAAAACAGAUUUUCGCAAAGAUACAAGAAGCCAAUGACCCCCGGAAAUUGCAAAAACAGAUCCACAUUUUGGAAACCCGUUUGAAUCUCGCCACCAUUCACUUUGACAAGAUGCUGACCACCAAUGCUAAGCUCCGGAAGGAGAUUGAGGACCUCCGGUAUGAGAAGGCUGCGUACGACAAUGUGUACCAGCAGCUGCAGCGGCGCAUGUCGAUGCAGAAGAAAACCAUGAAUAUGGCCAUUGAGCAGUCUUCCCAGGCCUAUGAGCAGAGGCUGGAAGCCACGGCUCGGAUGGCCGCCAUGAAGGACCGCCAGCAGAGGGACAUUUCCCAGUACAACCUGGAGAUCCGAGAGCUGGAGCGUGUCUAUGCCCAUGAGACCAAGCUCAAGUCCUUCUUGCUCAUCAAGCUGAAUGAUCGUCUGGAGUUUGAGGAGCAGACCAAAAGGGAAGAAGCUCUCAAGGCAAAGAAGCAUAAGAAGAAGACCAAGGGUGAGAGCUUUGAGAGCUACGAGGUGGCGCACCUGCGGCUGCUGAAGCUGACCAAGGACGGGAACCUGAAUCAGCUCAUUGAGGACUAUCUGGCCAAGGAGGAGAAGAACUUUGCUCGGUUCACGUACGUCACGGAGCUCAACAAUGACAUGGAGACGAUGCACAAGAGGACUCAGAGGAUCCAGGAUGAGAUCAUCGCCCUGAGAUCCCAGCAGAGAUCAUCCCAUGAUGACAGCCGCUCCCUCCUGAUACAGAUGGAGGAGAAACUAAAGAAGAUCACGGAGGAGGCAGACAUGUAUGAGAACAGCUACAAGGAAAUCAGCACGACUUUGGAGCAUCUCAAGGCCUCGGUGGAGAGUCUGUUUAAAAAGAUAAAUUGUGAUGCCACCAUGAUCCUGGGGCAGUUAGGGGAAACAGGGACAAUCACUGACACCAACCUCCCACAGUACUUUGCCAUCAUUGAGAAGAAGACCAAUGACCUACUGCUGAUGGAGUCCUACAAGCGGAUCCUGGAUAUAGAAGGGGCAGAGACCGAGGUCCCGCCGCCCUUCAUCAACCCUUUCUGGGGUGGCUCUGCCCUCCUCAAGCCUGCAGAACCCAUCAAGGUCAUCCCCCCGGUGUUCGGGGCUGACCCCUUCAGCGACAGGCUGGAUGAAGUGGACCAGCCCCUGGACCACAGCAGCCUUCGGCAGCUCGUGCUCAGCAACUACAGUGCGAAGGAGUUUCGAAGCAGGGACUCCCACUCAGAGAGCAUACCAGACAAAGGGGACGACCUGAGGCCCAAGAAGAAGUUAGCGGGCUGAGGUAGACGGGGCUACCUUUGUACCAGAGGUAAUAAAUGUUCUGUUCUUUAA